AUGAGGAGGACUUGCUUGGGUAACGAGUUCACCGGUGGCUGGGCAUGCGCCGAUGACUUUAACGAGAUGGGGAUUGGGACCGAUCUGAGCGAGGACUUUGAUUCCAUGGCCAUGGUCUUCGCUGGUGUGGGGGUGUGCUUUGGCGUAAACAACGGGCAUGCCGCGGUCGAGCCUGGCCCUGUACGCAGCGAGACGGAGUCGGAGGGAGGCCACCUUCUUCACCCCGUCGCCGCCACCGACCUCUUGAGCCUCAACAUCAGCGUCGUCUGCCCAAUUCUUGUCCGGCCCACCGCGUCUUGUUUCGCUUCUCCCAACCUCCUCAACCAUGACCCAGAUGAUCGUGAUGAUGUCAGCCUGCGCUACGCUGCUGCCGACGCCGAUGCCCAUCGCGAACAAGGCCUGCCCCUGAUCAUGACCUUGGACCCCACCACCCAGAUCCCAAGAAUCACCGGGUUGGAGGGAGCCGCUCCCUUUCACUUUGUCCAAGCAUCCAUCAACAGUAGCCUCGACAAUGCCAUCCCCAUCUCCUGCAGCCCCAACGAUGUUCUGGGCCCUGCAGAUGGCUCAGCUCGAAAAACCGCCCCCACCCACUUCUCUGCCUCCCCAGCCUGGAACGUCCUGAGCACACUGCAGGCCACACAAGUUCCCCUUCCUUCCCUGCUUGUCGCCGACCUUCCCCGCAUGGCCGACGCCCUCCUACACCUGCAUAGCAAAACACGCCUCCCCCUCCUCCUCAUCCAGCUGGAGCCCUCGGUCUUUCGCCGUACACAUUAUCUCUUUACCCUCCUCAACGACCGCUGCACCGACGUUCUGGGCCCGGCCGCCACUUGCGACAUUCGCAUGUUCGUCCCCACGUCACAACACCCCAAAAUCCUCACCUCUGACCCCCGCUGGCCCACUCGGCAAGGUGGCCUUUUGGUGGUCGACCCUCGUCACACCGCACUCUUGGAUGCCAUGGAUACUCUCCUCAGUGCUCUCGAUGCUCGCCGCUCCUUGGUUACCUUGUACUCUUUUCAAGACCAUGCCCAGCUCUCGGCCAACCUCAGCGCCACCGUGCAAGCCCGAACCCUCCGCAUUUUUGGUCUUCGCCGCGCUUCUGUGCUCGUCCCGCGUGCACGAGCCGCUUUGGUGGAGACGCAAGCUACUUACUGCACCGGCCCACAGCCCAGCUCACCUCUGUGUCAGCUUGACCCUGCGAACGUGCCUUCUUGGCCCCUUUCGACUUUAAUUCUGCACGACACGAGUCGCCUCUUGAUCGCCGCCGCGCAAAACGACACUUGCCGUCACAACGGCAUUGCCUCCCUCCUUGAAAAGCCUUUUCGUCACAACUCAACCCUUCACGGUGGAAUCAUCGAUUCCUCGCAGCCUCCUCUCUAUUUUGUGCUGCCCAAUGGCAACCCAGAUUGGCCCGACGCCGCCAUCAAUGUUGCCCAACUGGCUGAAACCGUUGUUCAGGCCGUCACUCUUGCACCAGCUCAACCACGCAUCAUCGUGCUUGCCCAAACCGACGUCCAGGCUCUGCCUUGGACCCACAUCUCAACCUUUGUCAGCACAUGGACGAGCGUCGCUGAAAAUCUCAGCAUCCCAUCUCUGCCCGUUCACAUCGUUGGCGUUUCCUUCCAGGAUUGCCUCAACCUCAGCGCUCCCACGCGUGACCUCUUGGACAGUCCCUCGCACGCCCACAUUAUUGCCCUCGCAAACCAGCCCUGCCUCCAAGCCCUUGAACGGCAGCUGCUCAACCACACCGGUGCCCUCGCCUUCUUGGAUGCCACGGGCAGCGGAGAUUAUGUCAUGGCAGGCACCCUCCCCGACCCCAGCCCCAUCGCUGCGCGUGAUUACGAAGCCACGGCCACCGUCAUCUCUCAACUUCAAUGGUCGCGCGUCACCCUCCUUUCCUCGUCGGCCACCCAUCUGAUGCAUCAGUGCGCCGCCCUUGCCAGCACCAACACCCACGUUGAAGCCGCCCACACCCUCAAUAGCCUGGAUCCAUCUGGCAUGACAGCCGUCUUUGACGCCGUGAUUGAAAAUGCCACCAGCCGCACCCUGAUCCUCCAUUGCGACCUUGACGCGUGCCGUCGUAUCCUGCAACUCAACCUCUCCAUUUUCUUCAGCGAAACUUGGCUUGUUGUAGUGGAUCGCACCACUCUCCAUGCGCUUCGCGUCAUCCACCUUGAGAUGGAAGGCCUAUGUGCACAUGGCUUGCUGCGAAACCUCAUCGCACUCGAUCUGCCCAUGCCUCGCCAGCUACAAACAAGCAUGGGCAUUGCCAUUCGCGGCAAACUAAUGAACAGCCUAUCCGUCGGUCCUUUCAGCCUUGCCCCGAGGGCCUCCCACAUCCAUCCUUUAGUGGGCUUGCUGUACGACACCAUCGUCGGACUGCAGGUUGCCAUUGGCGAGCUACCUGACGCCUCGGCUAUUGCUGCAGUUGCUGGUCACAUUGGUAUCACGGAUCAAUCUGCAGGCAGCUACACUGCGCUGGUGCGCCGCGCAAGCAGUCGGCGCGGCUGGUCGCUGCCAGAAUACAUGGAUCUCAUGCUGCUUCAGGGAGAUCAGGCAGCUCUGGGCGGUCAUUUUACACUCACCAAUGAAUCGUCUGAACUUGAGUGGACAGAGACUGGCAAGGCGUCGCUGGUCGCUUUGAUGAUGACAAAACGAACCCCAUACAGUGUCCAUUUUGAAAGCUCCAAUCAAACAACUGUCGCAGGCCGCGCCGACAAACGUGGUCAAACAUCAGCUACCGUUGCUGCGGUGGUUCUUGGCAUUUGCUUUCUUGUCACGGCAUCAAUCUUGGCAGUGUACCUCCACCGUCGGCAACCCACCAAAGACAUGCCCGAACAAGCCCAGACCAAUAACAACGUCGCCACUACUGCCCAAUCCAACAUGUUGCGUCGGGCUUUGGUUCAAAAUAUGGUCGCGGAUGAUGACGAGCUGAAACAUAUCAUUGAGUUGCCCCCUCAUUGGAUUGACAUCGACUGGGCAGCCACACUGGGCAGUGGUGCAUUUGGCACCGUCUAUGAGGCCAAGUUCACUCAGCCACCGUACAGAGCCUACCUUGUGGCUGCCAAGGUCCCCGAUCGCGACCCUGCUGGCAACGCACAGCAGCAGAUGGACGACUUUUUGAAUGAAUGUGUAAUGCUUUCCAUUUGCCAAUGUGAAUAUGUCGCGCAGAUCUCUGAUUUUGGCAUGGCCAAGCGCAUCCCUGAUGGGCAGGACAGUAUCACCAUUCCAAACUGCAAGGUGGCUUGCCGCUGGGCCUCUCCCGAAAUCUAUGUUCAACAUCGCUUUAGCGAAAAAUCAGAGGUUUAUGCCUGGGGCGUGACCCUGUGGGAGUUGUUGGAGAACGGCCGCACCCCCUACAGCGACCAUUCGGCACGCGGGGUGUGGACUCAGAUCCGCGACUCUCAACACCUGGCAUGCCCCGCUGACUGCCCAGCGCCUCUCUACAAUCUCAUGCAGAAAUGCUGGGCCACGGAUUACCGCAAACGCUUGGGCAUCGAUGACCUCGUAGCAGCUCUGGAGAUGCUUCUCGCAGACGUUGACACCAUCAUGGCCGAGUAUGGUGGCAGUCGGGGCCGCUUCUGUAGCGUGCGCAACGUUGUGCGCAAUGACAAUGCAGCGUCCGCUCAUGCAGAUGUCACCGGCCACCUGCCCGUUCCCGGCAAUACAGUGAGCCCAUCGACCCCCGUGAGCACGGCUGCAGAUGAGGCCGACGCAAGUGUGUUGCGUCGCAUGCACGAGUUGGCGUCACCCCAUUGCACGCGAGUGUCGGCAUGGCAAGGAGCAGCUCCCAUCACCAUACCUCGCAGCCGCCAGCCUUUGCCGAGCCGGCCCGACGAGGAUGAUACCGCGCCGAAUGCGACUGCGAGUGAGUCAGCAGUGCCUGCCGGCAUCAAUGUACAAGAAACAGACCUUGAAGCGGCAUCAAAUGGUGUGGAGGCAAAUUCGCCCAUGAAUGACUCGACCAUGGCAGAUGCGGACAUGGAGCGCUUUCUUGCGGAGAUGCGUGCUUGCAACAUGCCGGACUUGUGCCGGCAAGCGGAGCAAGACGAGCAGUUGGAGGCCCAGCGGGCAUUAUCUCGCUCCUCCACCGCUGCCCAGCUCAACUUUCCAUACUCGCCUCCCCCUACCCCUGGGCCAUGUGUAACGUUGAGCAGGCAGUCGCAGUGCUCAGCAUCCCGAGGAGUUGGACGAUGUGAUUCCCGCACCGUCACCGUUGGGACGAGCUGCAUCAACUCCCGCAGGCCAUGGGACCCGCACGUCACCGUGGCCAUCACCAAUGCAGACGAGGAGGUUCUGAACACUUCGCAGACACGCCUCUUGCCUGGUCGUACAACAUCCGCUAGCAGUGCCCAUGAUCAGGCUGAUGGGUCAUUGCAACGAAGCUCAACCGUGCCUCCUAACGCAAUGUUGGCCACACGAACCCCUGCCUUUGAGGCUCAGCGCAAGCGCUCGCACCGCAUGGACUCGGCAAUUGGCUCUCAGUCAGAAGAUGUGGGUGCCGCCUCAGACCUCUCCCGCAUGCAGUCUUUGGCGCCGCCUUUUGCCGGAUCGCUGGGUUCAAAUCAUCGCUUGGCAAACGAGUGGUCCCACCAGCGCCUGGGUCCCGACGUGCACAGCAGUGCCGAAUACGUGGAGCUCGCUGCUGGCACACGCCGACGACCUCGACAGAACCCUCGCAGCCAUCUCGACUUUGAAAGUGCCAGCGCCGACUAUCCUGCUUUGUCAGACGCAAGCCGCGCAACCUCCGUUCGCUCUGUGACUCGUGGUGACGGAAUUUAUAUGGAGCUCAAGCACAACUUGCAUGCCCACAGCAAGCUGGUACUCGAGGAAGAAGAUCUGCCUGACGGCGAGGCAGACUUUCAUGAUCGGCGUCGUCGUCGUCGAGUUUCCACCCUGACGCCGGUGUGCGAAGUGACAGAUCGUGGCCACUAUUUUGAACAUCAGCGGCGUUUUGAUCCCCAGGGCCAAGCUUCGGGAGCCCCAUCGCGGAACUCUCAAAAUAGCAGCAUUUCGCCGCCUGUCACGCCGUCGCCGAUGCUGCGGGUUGGCGAGGACCUGAAUGUGACCAGGAUUUGAAGCCGUAUUUCCCCUUAUCACAGCCCUUUGAUGUUUUUUGCAAAUGUAUAGUAUACUCCAGCUGGUAGGCGCGUGGCC